AUGUGUUUUGUGGACUUGGAGAAGGCAUUCAACUGUGUCCCUUGGAGUGUCCUGUGGGAGGUGCUCUGGAAGUAUGUGGUGUUUGGUUCAUUGCUACGCGCCAUUCGAUCCUUGUAUAACCAUUGCAAGAGCUUGGUCCACAUAGUCGGCAAUAAGUCGUACUCGUUCUCGUGCCACCUGCUGUUCGAUUCUCCAGGACCUGGUGAUCAAAUCAACGACUUCCAUGUCAAGCCUGAAAAGGAUUCUGGAUACUGCUGCCGAUGGGAAGGCUGUGCUCAAAAUGGGAGGGGCUUCAAUGCCAGGUAUAAAAUGCAUAUUCAUAUCCGCACACACACCAAUGAAAAGCCACACCAUUGUCCCACCUGUAACAAGAGCUUCUCACGUCUGGAGAACCUGAAGAUACACACUCGCUUGCACAUAGGGGAAAAGCCCUACAUCUGCCCCUAUGAAGGCUGCAGCAAGCGCUACUCCAACUCUAGUGACCGCUUCAAGCACACUCGCACCCACUAUGUGGACAAGCCCUACUACUGCAAGAUGGCAGGCUGCCUGAAGCGCUACACAGACCCCAGCUCCCUACGCAAGCACAUCAAGGCUCACGGGCACUUUGUUGCCCAGGAGCCUGGGAGUUCAAGCAGAUCAGGGACAGGGCUGAGCCUUCCUACCCACCAGAGUGCCACUGAACAGCCCUCUGUAGGAGGGGCUCCUGUCAUCAUCCCUGGGGCUGCUGCAGCCCUUCUUGGGGGCCUUGGGACCUCCUUGCCACUCUCUGCUUUUUGCCAUGCCAGAGCUCUAGGCCACCACGGGGCACCGCUCUUUUCCAUGGGUGGAGGAAGAGGAAGCAUGGGAUCGCUCAGCCUUUCAGACUCCCCACUGUUGCGCUUUGGACUUUCAGCUGCGUCUAUGUUUGGGUUGGGGGCUUUGGGAGGUCUGGGGCAGGUGGCAAGAAGGGAGCCAGAGGACGGGGAGGAAUCAGAGGAAGGAGAGGACGGGGAAGUGCUGAACCUCUCUGCAGGGGUUGGGGCGAGACGAAGUGACACUUUGUCCUGGGUGGUGGUUCCAUCAAGGGCGCUACUCCUCAAACCAGCUGUUGUUAGUUAAGAU